AUGAGCAUCUCUCUAAAUAAUCAUCUAAUCUCCUAAAAUCACACAAUUUCAGAGAUUUUUGAUUAAGUUUAAGAACAAAUAAAAAAACAGCAUUAAGAAAUACAACAGAUACAAUUAUAGAGAUAAAAAACAAAUGAAAAAUUGUAAAAACACCUAGAAAAGCUCAAUCACCUAGUUUAAAGAUUGAUCGAUCAAUAGAUUAGUUAACAUCCUAAAUCUAAAUAAAAUCUCUCUAAUCAGUAAUACAAAUAUGAAAUUCAAAUGGAUCAUAAUCUUGAACUUCCAUGUUAUAGAAACAGAAUUUUUUCAAUAAAGCUUCGACUUGUUGAAAAUGAUAAGGUUAUUUUCAAUGCAAACAAUCUCCUUGUAGAAUUGUAAAUGUAAAUAUUAUCUUAUAUUAGAUGGACCUAUGAUAAAAUACCAAAAAAACUUACUCACAACAAUAGAAAUUAAUCAAUAUACAAGGGUUGUUAACAAACGAUGAUUAAAAAAGGCUAUGGAUGUUUAACUAGAAUACAGAUUAAAGAAGUUUCUUCUCAUUUUCCAAGAGGACUAUUAUAACUUAUAGUACUCCCAAUAGAUGAUGGCGCUGUUAUAGGAAAUGAAAGGUAUUUAAUAUCAAAUAGAAAUAGUAAAUUGUUAAUCAAAAAAGAAUGGAUCAAGCCACUUAUAAUAAAUGAUGUUUCAAUUAAGGCAAAAAAAUUUUCAGAUAGACACUAUCCUUAUUUUGCAAAAUCAGAUGGCACAAGGAAUGUUGUUGAAUAAAAUUGA